AUGUCUGAGUCACGUGCUAAAGCAUCGAAGUUAUAUCAAAAAUGUUGGACAAGUGAAAAGAACAUUAACAAGGUCUAUCAAUCCCAUACAUUCGAACAAAAACCUACCAAUGAUAAAACGACCGUGCGGAGCAGUCCAAGUAGCCCUGUUCAUACUUUAACAAAUGUUCCUGUGGUUGAAAUCAAAACCGAUGAUAUACCGCCCGCCCCACCCCUAGGUGCCGUACCUCCACCUCCACCACUGCCAGGAACGGGUGCCAUGUCGUUGCACCUACCAGCGAAGGAAGAUGUGAUACCCAAUUUAAAAAUGAAGCCUCUGUUUUGGACUAAGAUUCCCGAUAAUUUAAUAACAUCAUCGAUAUGGAAGGAGGCUCAAGAUAGGAUGAUGCAUUUGGACACAAGCAAGCUGGAAAAAUUAUUCAAUACUGGAACAGAGAGUUCAAACGCUGAAAAAAUUGUUUCAAAACCUGAAAAGAACAUUAAACCAGUACAAAAGACAUUGUUGGAUCCCAGAAAAGCACAAAACUUUGGCAUAUUUUUAAGCGGGUUUAAGCUAUCUAGUUCCGAUAUUGAAGACAAAUUAAGUGUUCUCCAUGAAGACGCUGGGUUGUCAUCUGAGCAAAUCACGUCAUUGAAACGUUUUCAACCCACAACGGAGGAGAUUGAGAUGUAUAAGUCAUUUCAAGGAAAUAUAAACGACAUGCCCAGUGUUGACCAGUUUAUGCAUAAAUUAUGUCACAUUUCACAACUCGGCAAGAGAUUGGAUAUUUUACUAACGGUUCGCGAGCUACCUGAUGAAUUAGCGGGCAUCGAGGAACCGAUAAAAAAACUGAUGGAAGCCUGCAAAACACUAAUCGAUAACAAAGAUUUUGUAAGACUAUUAGAAUACGUGUUAUCGUUAGGUAACUAUAUGAACGGUGGAACCAAUCGUGGUCGGGCGUACGGGUUUAAACUAAGCGCUCUUGUGAAGUUAGUUGAAGUGAGAAGUGCGGAUAAGAAACAUACAUUAUUGCAGUAUCUAACUGAAGAGUUAUACGAGACAGACAAAGCAUGUUUGAUGUGUUACAAGGUUAUGCCUGGAUUGCUGACGCCGAUUGACGCCUCUUUGAAGGGAUUGAUCGCUGAAGUUGAAAUCAUGAAAAAGGAUGUGGAGAAGCUGAUUAAAGUCAGCAAAGAGAUGUCAAGCAUGCUGAGUCGGGACUUCCUGGAGAACGUUGUGCAAUUUGCAGAAAACUAUUUAAUGCGGAUUGGUGUACUGGAGGUGUGUUGUCAUACCACCAAAGAGAUGUCGCUGUUGCUGAAAAAGAAAUUUGGAGAAAGUCCAACUGCGGACUUUCAAGUUUGGAUGAUGAACGUGUCGAAUUUUAUGAAGCAACUUCAAAGGGCCGUAGAGAGCGUGGAACAGAAACAGAGAAGGAUGUCGAACAGAAAAGAACACGAGUUAAAAACACACGCCGAGCAGAAUUCGAAAGAAAAUGUAGUCGUUAAAGAGCUGAGCGAAAAUCACCCAGUUUCUUCUGACCCAACGACCCAGGCAAGUGUAGACAAGAAAAGGCAAUCUUUACCCAUGGUUUCACCUGUAAAGGACGCGUAUGAAGAAGUUGUAACGCACACAACCAAACUAAAAGACGACACACUUACGAGAGUAUAUUCGCUGAAGAAAGCGACUGUAAUAGAACGACAAAAGUCAGGGUUCGAAAGCGACGAUGAAUUGUCGUUUCCAGUGAAGAGCGGCUACUUGGAAAAACUCAGCGGAGGCAAGAAGCGUAACCCAAAGUGGGAUCGACGACACUUCGAAGUGACGCCGGCUGGUUACUUGCAUUAUUCUAAAAAAGAGGACGGGAAGUUGUCCGGUGCGAUUUAUUUGCGCGGAUUGCCUGUGAGUGUGAACAGCGAAGAUGCGUGUAUGUUGAUCAUACAAGAGGAAGGAAGGGUAUGGAAGCUUCGCGGUGAAAAUGAACUGGAAGUAUUGGACUGGUAUAAUGUUAUUAUUUAUUAUUCACAAAUGGACGAGAUAGAACUAUGAUCUAAAACUAUGAUCGAUAACCUUGAAAUCUUAUUUUAAUUUAUCUUUUCAUUUUAUACAUUAGUCUAAUUAUGCAUGCACACUUCUUUUUAUAAGCAACAUGAGUUUUAAAAGACGAAGAAACUUGUAAGUAACAACCCAGCCUGAAGUGGGAAAAAAAGUUAAAAACAGGGAUUACAAGGAAAACAGUUGUUUUCCAGAAAUGUUUUUAAAGUUUCAUACAGAAAACGUCAUUAAGUAUCAUUUCCACGUUUGUUUUUAUUGGUGCAGUAACUUACGGAGCAAGAACAAAAUUGAAUUUUUCUUUUCAAAUAGAUAGUCGAUAAGUAUUAAGUAUGCAACAGUUAGCAUGUAAAAAAUAAAACCUUAACCUUGAGCCGAAUUUUUUGAGUUGCUUAUGAAAAGGGCGGGUGUAUGAACGAACAAGAUUUUGUCACUUGUCUUUAUUUGCAUACCUGAGAAACAUUGGAAUCUGAUUAACAUGCUUGUGACGCAACGUCAUUUGUUUUGCGGGGAUGUCUGAGUCACGUGCUAAAGCAUCGAAGUUAUAUGUGAAAUAUUCCAGCCAGUGAAAUGCCAGAUUUGCGAUAUUUCAUAUUUCUGCCUUAAUCUAUUAUAUUACUGUCAAUCUGAGUGGACAACAUAUUUAAUAACGUGGCUAAAUAAGCAGCCUUACUUUUUUUAUUUUUUAAGAUUUUUUGAUUGUCUAAAAUUUUUUAUAUAUAGAUAUUUUUUACGCUGUUAAUUUUUGUAACGUUUUAACACAUACAGCUGACAAAUAUUGA